GUUCACUGUCAGGCUAGCAGCCGAGAAGCUAUCUUCCCACAACAACCCCUGCCAAACUCACCUUUUAAACUUCUCUUUCCCUCGUUAUUGCGUCUUUUUGUUUCUACACGGUCCGUAAGGAUACAAAGCGUGUUUUUCUUUCCGUGUUUGUGCAGGAAUAAAAUGGUGGUUUUGACAAAUAAUGAAGAACAGGAUUAUAUCCUGAUAGAGGAGCGUCAAUGCAGCUCCCUGCCCAACUCUCCAGCCAAGCGAGUGUCUCCCACCAAAAAGAAGCAGUUCUAUAUAAACCAAGCCAUCCGCAACUCUGACCUCACUCCUCGAGCCAAAGGCAAGAAGAGCCUUCGCCGACUGGAGAACACUCGCUACCUUGCUAAUCUUCUUGAGAAGGAUGAGUGCACCAAAGAUGAUCUGGAAGUUUGCAGUAACCCAGCGAUCCCAUCCAUCUUCACUGAAGCCUGCACCAACGGAAACUACAUAGAGCCAUGGAAUGACUUCAUGAAUUGCUCAGGUGAGGAACAGGAGAAGCUGCUGUCUCUGCUGGAGCUGGAGGGGGCCAAGAAGAAAAGCACCAGCGGCCCGAUCAAAGACCAGAGGAAUGUCAAUCCUGCCUUCAGCGCUCAGGACUGCUUCCAGAGGAUCGAUCGCAGACUGCGAGCGACUCUCAAACGGAAACAAAUCCCCAUGGGAACUCUGGAAAUACUUGAGGAAAACGUCCUGAGCUUCUUCAUCGCUCAGCCCAACUCUGUUUACACAACCAACCUAGCCAGCAGGUAGAGAU